GGCGGCGGCACACUGGCGUACACACCAACAAGCAAAGCGCGCAGGGAAGACACCAACCAUGAGCACACGCAAGGGGGCGGGCGCUACCCGCACGAGGAAGCCGAAGCACCAGAACACCUUCGCUUUCCGACACAACCCCAAGUCCCAGAAGACAGCCAAAAUCCUUUCUAGCGUCAACGCCGGGCUCUGCGCCUCUUGUCAUGACAAGGUGGAGUGGAGAAAGCGGUACCGAAAGUACCGCCCCCUGAGGCAGCCGGCCACCUGCAACGACUGCCACAAGAAGACCAUCACCGCUGCCUACCACAAGAUCUGCACCCCCUGCGCGCGGGAGCGGAGGGUAUGCCCCUGGUGCUGCACCAAGGGCCGCCCCCGGGAGAGCACCGAGGACGGCGAGGAAGCCGGAGAAGGAGAAGAAGGAGGUGAUCGACACAACGACGGGGAGGAGGAGGAGGAGGAGGAUGAGGAGGAGGAGGAGGAGGGAGGGGGCAGAGGACAAGGAGCCGGCUACGGCAAAGGAAAGCCUGCCGAAGCCGACGAUAUGCCGGUGGAGGAGGAGGAGGAGGGGGAGGGUGGCGCUGGGUUGGGGGCGGCGGCGGGGGGUAAGAGCGUCGUGUUCUCUCCCGGCGUUUCGGUCGCAAGGAAUAGCAGUGACCGGGCGGGCGGGGAAGAGGAAAGAGGGGCGGGGGACGCAAACAUGGAAGACGAUAGCGGUGAAGCGUGACCGUCCGUGGCCUGCUUGGGUGUGCCUUGUUUUCUAAGAUGCGGGCGCGUGUGGGUGGGUGUUUUUUGUUGCACAUGGUGGGAUGGUGUUGUCUUGUGCGACAACUGCUGUGGACGCAGACGGCCUCCACCCAUGUGUGUCAUUUGGUGAGCCGCGUCCUUGUUUCCCUGUGCCGAAGCCGACUCUCCAGGCAGGUGGAAAAGGGUCAUCCAAAGAGAAUGAACCCUCUCGCAAUGUCUAUUGUGGUCUCUAGGGCAGCAGCGUGUUGGUGUAUGGAAGGUUGAUGGCCUUGCGGGGAACAAGUUUUCGGCAUGUCACCUGUUUCGAAAAGCUGACUGGGGGAACGUUCUCUCUCUCUCGCCCGCGUGCGUUUGUGUUGAUACAUGGGUCCUUAUUUUUCUCUUUGAUUUUUCGUUGUAUGUAUCUGCCCCCCUUCUGGGAUGUAAUGUUUGCCUGUGACCGCGGAAAACGUGCACCAUCAGUCGGAUCAGUAUGGAUGUUAGUCGAACGCACCGGGCAGGGAUCGGAGAGGUAAUAUUAGUGUGAAGCCAGCACCAGUCCAAGCUCAUGUUGGAGCUGUUUUGUAGGUUCAAAGAGAGGAGAAAGGGUGAUCAAAAUGAUUGUGCUUGUUCUUGAAAGUGUUGGGAGGUUGAAAAAGAGAAGAGGGUCCAGUAGUGAUCAAAAUGGCGACCGUCGAACGCCCCGCCGAGAAUUCGAAGAGAUGCAUGAGAGGAAACCAUUUG